AUGAGAGCUCAUGAUGGCAAAUUCAGCGUUGAGUUACCUUUCAAGUCUCAACGUCCAAACUUUGGCAAUUCAGUUGAUCUUGCAUUAAAGCGUUUGAGCUCAACUGAACGCAGACUUGCAAGUAAUCCAGAGUUACAAUCACAAUAUUCAAAUUUCAUGGCAGAAUAUAUUGCGCUCAACCAUAUGGAAAUAAUUCCAAAUUCAGAAAUUGCGAAAUCGUCGAACGAGUGUUACUACUUGCCUCACCAUGCGGUGAUUAAAGCUGGUAGUACAACAACGCGUGUUCGAGUAGUAUUUGAUGGGUCUGCGCAUACCGGCAAAUAUUCGUCGCUAAAUGAAGCAUUACUUACCGGACCAUCAUUGUUGCGUGAAAUAUUUGCGAUAAUAAUACGAUUUCGUCAGCAUCGCUUUAUUAUGUCUGGAGACGUGGAAAAGAUGUAUCGUAUGAUUUGGGUACAUGACUAG